UCCGCAUCUUGUCUUCCACCGAAGCCACUCCAACCUUAUCUCUAAUACUCUCAUUCCUAACCCUAUCUCUCCUAGUAAGUCCACGCAUCCAUCACAACAUCCUCAUCUCCACCACCUUCAACUUUGGAUGUGGGAGGUCUUGACUGGCCAACACUCCGCUCCAUACAACAUAGCCGGUCAAACUGCCACUCUGUAGAACUUUACCAAAAACCACAAAAAGGUAAAAAAAAACAGCUUAAAAGCCAAAAUCACUUAAAAUAAGCUAAUCCAAACACCCUCAAAAUCUAGUACUUAAAAAUAAAAAAUAAAGAAUAAAAUUAAACCAUUUAAUAAUGGGACGGAGAUCAGAUCAAAAAUCAAUUUUAGUUUGCAUAGGCGCAAUUACAAUCAUGGGUACACCUCUACGUUCCCUAAUUCUUUAUUCUACUGAUAAAAUGAGUGAGCACGCAUCACAAUUAUCACAAAUCACAAUUACAGUCAUGGGUGCACCAUAAAGGAAAAGGAAUAAGGGGCUAUUCUCGAAUUCUUUAUUCUACUGAGAAAAUGGCCCUGCUUGGUUUACAAUUGACUCGUUAAUCUGUGUUUCCUCUGGAUAUGGCAAUCACCAUCGUUCCUCUCACUAUACAAUGAUCAGUAUAUCUUACGCUUGUGUCUUUGUAUCUCUGUUCUUUUCUUCUAUGUUUCUCCGUGCAUCUUUAUGUUUUUCUUUUAUAUUCUUUUUAAGCUGUACCUUCCUAGCACAGGGCUCUGCAGAGAGAGGUUGAUGACUUGAGUGUCAAAGCCCGGGAAGCUGAGAAGGAGGUCAAUAUGUUGCAGAUGAAAAUAGAGGAAGUUAAUCAUAACAUGACCAAAUAUCACAAGGACAUGGACUCAAGAAAGAGAUUUCUGGAAUCAAAGCUCCAGUUGCUGGACCAGGAAUUUGCUGGUAUAGAGUCCUAUCCCAAAAUUAUGGACUCAGUCAAAGAGAAAAGGGAUGUCCAGAAAAGCAAGUUCAACAUCGCCGAUGGUAUGCGGCAAAUGUUUGAUCCAUUUGAAAGAGUUGCCCGUGCUCAUCAUAUUUGCCCUUGCUGUGAGCGUCCUUUCUCUGCUGAAGAGGAGGAUGAAUUUGUUAAGAAGCAACGAGUAAAAGCAGCAAGCUCUGCUGAGCACAUUAAAGUAUUGGCUAUGGAGUCUUCAAAUGCUGAUUCUCGUUUCCAACAAAUUGACAAGCUUCGUUUGGUUUAUGAAGAGUAUGUCAAACUUGGAAAAGAGUCAAUACCUCAAGCAGAGAAGAAUUUAAAUGAGCUAAAUGAAGAAUUGGAACAAAAAAAUCAGGCUCUUGAUGAUGUAACUUCAGAUCCUGUUAUAUAUUAUAAUCUAGCACUGGGGUUUUAUUAGUAUAGUCAAAGUUUUACUAUGACUUCUUAAGUAAUGACUUGUUUGACCCACCCUCCACCAUUUUGGCCUUCUUCCCACCAUUUUCUGCAUAAUUUCAUCCUCCUCUUAUUGUUUUCUGGUCCCUCUCCUCUCAGUAGAGAUGCUAAGUUAGGACUCAGCAAAAUGGAUGUGUCUGCUCCUAAGGAGAUAUCUUCUGUGACAAAUUCCGAAUUACACACCUCAGUGCAUGAACAAUAGGUGAUGGAGGAUGUCCAUCAUGCUAUAGUAUCUUAUCCGAAUUACAUACAUCAAUAGGUGUUGAAAGAUGUCCAUCAUCCUUUAGUAUCUUGAUACCAAAAUUGGCCAACAUAUUGUCUAUGUUCUUUAUUUGGAAGACAAAUAUGCUUAUAUAUAUAUAUUAGUUGUAGAUCUUACCAAGUUCCAAACCAUGCACAACUAGCUCUCAUGGAUUCCUCGGUUAUCAAAAAUAUAUUUGGGGUAGAUCUUGACUUGGAGUUUAGGUUCACAAUAUAUAAGAUGAUCUUUGACAUCCUUUUAUGCUGAUUUCACUGAUUUCUGUUGUGAUGUUUUGCAUGCUU